GUAAGAUUAAGCCACUAGCGUUGGUCUAUGGAUGUAUCUCUCUUCCAGGUACUAACUAAUAUAGAGUUGUUUGGAGUUGUUUGUGACUCACACUGUAUAGUGUGAUCUGUAUAGGCCAUGGCCAGGACCACUCACUGUUUGUGUGCCAUAAAGAAACCAGAAACAAAGCAACAACACUUGGGUGCCAAAUAUCAAAAUCAAAUUAUGUUGUGAUUGUUUGCUGAAAUUAGCUGUGUCCAGUGACAAUUGCUUGGCGCUGUUUAGGUGUGGAGCCUUAGGCUAAAAAUGCUUGAGAUUCUAGGAUCUCGCUUCCUAAGAUGACGGCGGUUAGGUGGUUAGGUGAGAUGGUACGCCAACAACGACCAAAAAAACCAACUCGACCGGGCCAACGCCCAGUUGAUCGUCAAAUAUUUGUUUGAAGUCGGUUGCCUAACCCAACGAAACUCACCCUGACUGGUUGCUUCCACUGUGCUUAGCGCAUUAAUUCAACGUUCUUUGUCACUUUGGCAACUCGCACUCCUAGUUUAAUUCCGAUUCGCCUCGCUUACUCCCCUUUCACCUUUCACCUUUCACCUUUCACCCUUCACCAUUUGAGCGCCCUAGCCGAACCUACCAGUCCGUCAAACGCGAUUCUCUCUAAUCUCCUAACAAAGAAAUUCACCCGCCGGCAUCCUCACUUCCUCAGGUCGUUGUUCAUCCUCAUCCUCAUCCUCAUCAACUCACUCCUCGCAAUAGAUGGAAUCAUCAAACCAAGUCAGCAAUUGAGGGAUGAUGUUUUCUCCAAGUAGCAUCCAGAAAGUUCCACCUGGCGAAGGUGAAAUGAACAAAGAGAACAUUUACACCAUCUCAGAUGCUCCUAUGGCAGCUCCUCCCACCGCAAAAACUGACACUGGGAUAAACCAGCCGGUGUCCAGCACGCCACUCCCUACUUCGGAAGAGCCGGCUGCACCAACUGGGGCCAUGGAUUCCGUUACUCAGCCAAGCACAGCUCAGCCAAGCACAGGCUAUUCUACUAUAUUCGUCAACCACAAUGAGCCCGACGAUCCAGAUGACGACGAUUCUCCCAUCCUCGGGCGAAAGCGCAAGAGAAAUUCUACUAAUGUUGACUACCUCGCCGACUUUGCAAGCAGAGCUCAGCCUAACGAGCCAGCGGAGAAAAAGACUGGAUGGGCGUGGAAGGGCACACAGGGUCCGACCUGGAAGGGUCAUGAAGUGAAACAUGGGGUGCCGAUCGGAGUGUGGAGCUUGUCAGACGAGCCGAUCGAUGAGAGGAAGCACGUACUCUACGGAUUUUUAGAUCCAAAACUUGCAUUGCAUGGCCGCAAAUAUCCUGAGCGCAAGGAUGGAUCAAAGUAUACUGGGAACUUUCCUUCAGGCACCGGAACAUGGGCGGCGAAGUCGCAUGAGUGGCUGCUGGACCCUCAUCUUAAAGGCCUCUCUAGAAAAGAGUUAACAGAAUACGUACGAAUUAGAGUUAAGACCUGGAACAAGGAAGAAAAGCCAGAAGAGCGAGAUGCUCUCGAUCAGAGUGCUGUUGCCGAAGCAAAAGAGAUAGCUGCUGCUUCUGAACCCACUAUUAAAAGCGAGAACAAAGGGAAUAGUGCAAAGAAAGGUAAUAAAACGCCUCGCAAAUCAGACGAAGGCAAGCUCGAUAAGGGCACACCUGGGGGUUCCUUUGACGAGGCUUCUCCACCCACCAGCAAUUCGACGACGAAGGGUCCAGAGCAGAUUUACACACCUUCAGGCAAUAGAGAGACACGUAAUGACAGCCCACUCGACAUGAAGCCUCCCAAAGAGUCCCAAAAGGCUUCCUCUCUCCCAAGGUCCACUCCAAACGCAAUGCGGAGCAAUACUGGUUCUCCAAGCCGUUUGGAAACUCCACCAAGAGAGCGAUCGAAGUAUGUCAUCAAGGGCAAGGACGUCCUUAUUGGCUACUGGAAAGAUUCUUCCGAACCCGACGUUAUCAAUAAGCACGCGAUGUACGGCGUUAUCCAAGCGCACGGCGUCUUCCGAGUGAAGGUCGUCCCGGAAACGCGAGACGGUCGACAUCUCAAAGAUGGGAACUACCCUAAACUGUCUGGAGGAUGCUGGGUUAACUACGAUACUUGCGUCUUCGAAAAGUACCUCAAUGACCUGAUUCGCACGGAGAUAGAAGAGUAUUGCCGAAUCUGCGUGGCUGACCCAGACUACAACGACAGAGCUCAAGGACCAGGUAUCGACAGAGCGGUGAGGGAAGCCAAGAGAAUCGUGGCCGAAAAGGCGGCGGCGAAGAGCAUGGACAUCAUCGAAUAUAAUCGGAAGAGAGUCGACCAACUCGAACAAGGUGCAAUUUCCAGAGAAGUUGAGAAGCAGAGGAGGAAUGGCGAGGUCGUUGUGACACCAUUGAAGAAAGCUGAAGUGAAGCACACUGCAAAAAGAUCCGGCAAGGCUGCCAGUGAUGCUAGAGCCCGGAUGGUGAGGCAAGCAAGGAAAGAGGUUAAAGAAGCCAAGGAGAGAGAGACGCUGAACUCAAAGGGGGAUGCGGAUAUGGCCGAGGCGAUUCGCCGAAGUACAACUGAGCAAGAAGCACUGGAAGCUCGGAAAAAAUCUAACCUGAAUUCCAAUGCCUCGCCAGCCACACCAGCGGAGGCUAACAAGAGCACUGGGGCAGAGACAUCUUCGAGUAGACAUGCCAAGGACCUGACAUCUGCCUACAGUCAUCUCAGACAGGCCAAUAGCACGCCGAUAUCGGCAAGGAGCAGUGUAACCAGCUCUGAAUCUGAUCGCAGCAAGUUCUAUCUGCUGGAUCGAGAGACGCAAAGGGUGAAGAUGGAAAAAUGGUGCAGAAUGAAGUUGACUUCUCAAUACCACAACCUGGAUAGGGAAGGCCAGAGAAGACAUGUCGAGAAGCACAUCGAUCAGUUGAUCGCAAAACAAACUGGCGCGGCUACGCCGAAAAGACCCAAGAAGCGCUCCCGAACUGGAGAUUACCCAGCUCAGCCAGGUGCGGUUUCAGCGCCUUCGCCUCUUUCGGAUAUGACGAGGGCGGUGUCGACCCCAACGACGGCGACGCAAGAACCGGCGGCCCGCGCAGGAUUUGCAGCCACGGCGGCCGCUCCAGGAGCUGCUGCGGUGGAGAGAUUCUCGCGCGCUGAGUCUCCGGCUGUUAAUAAAUGGCCAGGCGCAGGUAAUACCCGAACAAACUUGACAUUGCGGUCUGUACUCAAUGAACCGAUGACGCCCAUUCCGUCUGAGAGUGAGGUGACUCCUCAGCCGAAAUCUGUUGAAAAUACGGUAGAUGUUGCGAUGGUUGAUGCUCCGGUUGAGACUACAGCGCCUGUGCAACCGGUUACUUCGAAUUCUACUCCGCCAGCUGAAUCUAGCGCAAUCCCGGUGACUACUGUUGAAACCGAGGCAGUUCAGGCUGUGCCAAGCGCGGUGACUACUCAUCCCACAUCCGUGGAGAACGCAGCAGACAACCAACCAUCCCGCUCCGCAACCCAGGAAGAGGCCUCGAGACCCUCUCACUCCUCAGCUGCCUCAACCGACGUCCCCAUGGCCGAUGCCCCCACCGAGAUAAACCAGCCACCACUCGACCCCAGCACAGCUCCUGAGUCUGUCGAGACCGAGCAAUUCGCAAAGCCCCAUUUCCCAUCCAAGCUCCACCAACAACUCUUCGCCACCCCGCGCGUAGCCUCCUCCGACAACCCACAGGGUUUCAUGUCCGCCCCGCCCCGCGCCUACAUUACACCCUACCCUACCCCUCCCUUCGCAGCAGCGCCCUCCAGCGCACCACCCGUCCGCGCGCCCGCUUUGCCCCCGGCACCACUAAUCCUCCAAGGCCAAGACGGGAUAAAGUACUCCUCCGACCCCAGCAGCGAGUUCGGGGACCUCCUGGUUAGUGUGGACAGAGAGCUCGUUGACGUCGAUGACAAGGAAUACACGAGACAGAUUGUGCUUGUUGCGAAGAAGGCGCCGAGACCGCCGAGGGCGCAGGGGGAGGAGAGGAAGGUUGGGGAAGAAGUUUUCAAGAUGACGGGGGAGGGGGUGUUUGGGGGGUAUUUUGUGGGGGCUGAGAGGAAGGUUACGAGGUUGGGGGGGAGGAUUGGGUGAAGUUUGUUGUGUUGGUGCCGUUUUAGAUGGAUGGAUGGGGAGUGUGUAGGUUUAUGGGAAUUGGGGGUGUGGAUUUUCGGCGUUUGGGGGGAGGUAUCGUUUUUGCUUUGAACGGGGGGAGGGAGGCGGAGUGGUUCUUCUGUUGCCACCGGCUCAGCUUAAGAGCUCACCUCCAGGGUCGGCAGGGGCCGCAGAAAUCCAAUCCCCGGAAUACGUUCGCAAAGAAGAAGGCCUGACUAGCCCAAGGGGGCGUUGAAUUUUAGCAAGGAGCUAUGGUAUGGGUUGGUUGCUAGGUAUCCGGUUAUUCAGGGAUAAUUAUUACCAAGGAGUGAUGGAUGGGAUGAGCUGUUUCUUUAUUUUAGGUAGCUGGGGAAGCUUUACUCGUCGAGUUGAGGGGUAAUAUUGGGCUUUGUGGCUUCAAAUCAGAUUGAUCCAACAAUUAAGAGUCAAAGUUGUUGUUGUUGUUGUAUUACCUAGGUUUGCUACUUUGAGAUGGGCUAA